GUGGUGCACACUUCCUUCAAACACGUGUUUCACUGGGACAAUAGUGAGUGGUGCACACUUCCUUCGCCCGGCCACAGAAGACAAAAAAGAGUUGCUGGUGUAACAAUAGGAAGAAUAUAUUCCACUCCUCUCUUGUACACGCGGCUUAUGAGAUGAACGCUCGUCAAGAAGAACGUCCCCUUCAGCAGCAGGAGGAUCCACAGCCCCCCCACAUUAAAGAGGAAGAGGAGGAAGUGUGGAUCAGUCAGGAGGGAGAGUGUCCUGUAGGGCAGGAGGAGGCUGAUGUCAGCAAGUUUCCACUGACUGUUGUCUCUGUGAAGACUGAAGAGCAUGAAGACAAACCACCUGAGUCCUCACAGCUUCAUCACAGUCCAAACGUCUGUGGAGAACAACGUCUGCCUGAAAAAAAGGAGAGUAGCUUCAGGAUGGUGAAGGAGGAUCCUUCAAAGAGGAAGACCAGGCGCCACGGACCCUCUGGCGUCUCCUUUUCCUCUUUGACACAGACCCUUCCCUGUAAAAAGGAAGAGGAAGACUCACUGACGCCCCACAUUAAAGAGGAAGAGGAGGAACACAACAUCACUCAAGAGGGAGAUCAUCUUGAAGGACUGGAGGAGUUCCCAGUGACUGGUGUCCCUGUGAAGAGUGAAGAUGAUGAGGUGAAAGGUGAAAGUGAGGAGAGGGGAGGGGGGGAGCCUCCAAGCAGCAGCUCAACACAACACAUGACAACAGAAGCUGAUGGAGACCACUGUGGAGGAUCACAAGCAGACAAGCUCUUAGCUCCACUAUCAGAUAGUGAGGACACAACGUCACACUCUCCUGACACUGAUGAUGAAGACUCUAAAGAUGAUAAGACAUGUCACACUGACAACAUUCACUUCACAUGUUCUCACUGUCACAAAACCUUUAAAUACCAUUGUAGUCUGAAAGUACACAUGAGAACACACACUGGUGAAAAAGCUUUUAUCUGUUCAGUCUGUGGUAAACAUUUUGUCCGAAGUCACAAUGUGAAAGUACACAUGAGAACACACACUGGUGAAAAAACUUUUUCUUGUUCAAUCUGUGGUAAAGGUUUUAUACAAAGUCAAUAUUUGAAAGUGCACAUGAGAACGCACACUGGAGAAAAACCUUUUCCCUGUUCAACCUGUGGUAAAGGUUUUACACAAAAUCAAUAUUUGAAAGUACACAUGAGAACACACACUGGCGAAAAACCUUUUUCCUGUUCAAUCUGUGGUAAAGGUUUUGUACAAAGUAACAGUUUGAAAGUACACACUAGAACACACACUGGUGAAAAAUCACAUUCUUGUUCAAUCUGCAACAGAAGCUUUUGUGACCGAUCAAAGCUUGUAGCACACAUGAGAAGACACCCAGGAGAGAAAGUGUUGAGUUGCAGUGUGUGUGGUGAAAGAUUGUCUUCUAAGUAGCAGUGUAAGAAACACAAGUGUGCUGGUGAGAACAGCAGCAGCAAAUGAAACUGCAGGAUUUGAAAUAAACUGUCCAGACUUUCAUUUUGACUUUCUAACAACUUUAUGAUUCAUUUGUUGGGUCUCUAUAAUCUAUUUUAUUCAUUAUCGUUAUUACUCUGUAUUAUAGUGAUUGUGUUGUGAUUGUUUUAUAUGUAUGUCCCCAGACCUUUAUGCAAUAUACAAGUGAGAGAAAAUAGCAGAUUUUUUUUUUUGUUUUUGUGAAAGGAUUUUGUUUUUACAAACUUACAUUUGUGGAUACAUCAAAUAAAUCCAGUAUUGUGUUCUAAACAUUUUUUAUGUAUUUUUUUCUUUUUUCAACAUCCCCAAAACAACAUCAAUAUCAGUCAAAGUUUGGAGUGUCAGACAAAAGCCAAUAUUGUACAUCAUUCCACAGAGAUUUACUUUGCAUACAUUCUUAAAAUAAACUGUUUAUUGUGUUUCCCAA